AUGGGGAGCUUGCUUUCAACAAUCAACCUAGAGAAACUUGGGAAUUGGAAUGAGGUCCUCCAUAUGCUAGAGGAGGCUAAUGAGUGUUUGCCUCAGUCCAAUUUGAUCAAGAAAGUCCUGACAGCUGAUCUGGUUAUGGGUGGCAGAAGGCCACUCCAGCAGGUUUGGCUGUUAAAGGCGUCACAUUUUGUGGCCAUACAUGGAGAAAUUGAUAAUGGAACACCUAAUUCUUUCCCUAGAGAGAUCCAUUCUUUGCAUUUCUUUGGGGGCAGGCCACUCCAGACAGCUAUUUUGUUGAACUUGCUAUCAAAAGUUAAACUGCUGCAUGUGUUAGAUUUGCGUAUUGUUCCUAUUGACAUAUUGCCUGAUGAAAUUGGCAAUCUUGUUGAGCUGCGCUAUCUAGACUUGAGAAACACAAGGCUACAUGAGCUUCCAUUAUCCCUUCAAAAUCUGUGUGAACUACAGACGCUUGAUGUUAGAAACACACCAAUAAGGGCUUUGCCUAGUGGCUUUGAUAGCCUCAAGAUGUUGAAGCACCUUCUUCUCGCAGAUUCAUAUGGUAACAGGGUGGUGAAGUUGGAUGCAGAGAUCAUGUUUCUCAAAGACCUUCAAACACUAGCAAGUGUGAAACUUACACACAAUGUCGCUUUAGGACUAAACCACCUUCCUAAACUUCUGAAGCUGUCGGUGGGAGAGGUAGAAGGUGGAAAAAAUUCUCUUUGCCUGUCAGAAUCCAUCAAUCAGAUGAAAGACCUGAAUUCCCUAACCAUAAAAUGUGCUUGGAGAAAGGAAAUUCAAAUAAAAAUAUUAAAUCCUCUUGACAACUUGGAGAAGUUACGAGUUGGAGGUUGGAUUAGAGAUUUGCUGAUGUGGAUAAGCAGGCUACGCUCUCUCAAAUAUUUGCAUCUAUGGGACUGCAUGUUGAGUCAAGACCCCAUCUCAAACCUCCAGCAUCUGCCCAAUCUUGUUGUCCUUUCAUUGUCUAAGGCUUUCAAAGGGAAGCAGAUUUGCUGUGAUGAUGUUGCUGGAUUCCCGAAGCUCAAGAGACUAUCAAUUUCUCGCUUUGAAGAAUUAGCUGAAUGGACAAAGACAGAGAAAGGAGCAAUGGAAAAGCUUCAGGUUAUAACCAUUGGUUGGUGUCGUAAACUAAAGUUGCCUCCAAAAGGCCUUGAAAGUCUUAAAGAUCCCGAAACACUGCAGAUAACAAGCAUGUCUCCAGAAUUUGCGGAAGAGGCAAAAGCAAUCUCGUUGUUCAGGGAUAGAAACUAG